AUGAAGCACGUCCCCGUGCCCACUUCCAUCUUCCACAAUAAUGUGGCCAACUCGGGACAUAAGCUGUCCAAGCCCUCCACGGAGGCUCCACAACCACCUCAGCAUCCACCGUUUACCUGGAGAUUUCCCGAGCUACAGCCUUUGCUUCCGAGUAAUGACACCGUCGAAAGGUCGACGGAGUUCAUCAACCAUGUGUAAGUACAUAAAAAACGGCUUGGGUGAAUUGAUCAACUACGCAAAAAUGCAUUCUAUAAUAUUACUCUCAUUGUUGGCAUCGUCUUUCACAAAAACUUCUGCAGCUGCAGAACGCUGGACCUUUGUUCAAAAGUGCUUUUAAUACUUCCGAUAAACAGUAAUACAUAUAGCAAUAUAGGGUUGACUUUUAUAUUUAUUUGCCCCCAACUGUUUUGGCUCUCUAUUUUUACUCUUUUCCGAAUUUCAAAUUCAGCAGGCACUUUUUGGCAGGAAUGAAGCGUCCAACGUUUCGGCUCGCAUCUCCUUAAAUGUCGAAAAAAUUGCGGCCAUGGGGAAAGAAACUUGGGAUAAUCAUAAUCUAAUAUCCCGCGAGUCAACGUUUCUCUUCUCGUUGUGGCGUUUCCGGCACGUCUGACGGUCUCUCCUUGUUAUUGCGGGGGUACACUCAUAAGUUUAAUGGAGGGGCUUCUGUUGAAUUUCGGAACUUUGAGGAAGGACCUUUGUAAUUUUUGACGACUAUCUCUCGUAUCGCUUUUAACACUGCUUUUCACUUGAUCUCAAAAAGCCUUAAGAUCAAAGGUACCCACCUUUUUUAUGGUCUUUUCUCGUAUUUUUGUUUUUACGAUAGCUGGUUUGUUUUUUUAACCCUUUCUCCAUUGCCAACCCAACUUUUGACCCGUUACUCCUCUCGUUUCCAAUAUUGCCCCCUUUCCAGCGGGGUUUAACCUAAUGUGAAGUUGUAAAAGUUUUCAAGAAUUUCAUUAGAAUAAUUUUUUCGAGAGGAACGUCUCGUCCCUUCCGAUUACAGACUUUAUUUUGGAACAGCCCGGAAAGAGGCACCAGUUGUUGGAAAUUCGACUAGUCUUCGAAAAAAGUGUAUUUCUUUUUCCGUUCGACUUAUUGUUUCUCUCCGUUUGGCAAGAGAUAUGAUGGGAUGGGAUUUCAAAAGUCUUGUCAGGAGUGGGAUCCCGUGGGAUGUGGAGUGGUUACUUUUAAAGUUUCGGCGGUUUCUUUGGGCGAUAAGAUUGUAAUUCUGCCAAAGUUUACAGGUUCUUGACUUAAUUGAUUUCUUAUCGACUUCCGCUUAAAUUUGGGUGUUUACAAAACAGUCUGAUCUGUGUUCAGAACGUUCUUGGCCCUGCUUUCCGCCUUAUUUUUAGUCUCUAAAAUGCGGUAAACUUUGUUGCCUUCUUCUUCUACAAGUUGUAGAAAAGACCGUUCUUCGUUUUGAAUCCAAUUCGAAGGCCAAUGGUCGGAAAUUGAGUUAGUUUUUUCGUUGACCCAGAAAACUUAUUAUUCGUCAGGAGGCUUGGGAGCCCUUCGGCCGAACGCCCAAACUAUAAAUCUCGAUUUUCCUCAGUUUUAGUUUUGACUUUGCUCCAGGGAAUAAACCUUGACGCUUCUAUUGGUUUUUGAAGUUUUUCUUCAAGGAGAAGCUGUAACGGCCGGAAAUGGUUGCCCCGGAUGGCAUUUCAAGGAUGCAAGAUACGUAUUUAUUUUUCUCAUACUGAGGGUGAAAUUACUUAAGUAAAAAAGAAUUAGCAUGUGCGUUGUUUCUUUCAUAAUGGGUAAGAUUAGGGACGCCAAGAAUUUGGGGCUCCGUCUUUAAGCUCUUUGUGAUACUAUUACUUAGUCUUGUGUUUGUACUUCCUUGAUAUGUUGUGCGUAUUGACCGUGUUGAGAAACAUCUAUCCUUCGCACCCUUGUUUUGACACAAAAGAUCUUAUUACCUUUCCUUCAACUCGUUAGAAUGAAUAUCUACAUGUCCUUAGCAGUAUAUUUCUUUGGUAAAAUCUGGCACAUUGGUUCCAAUUUGUCCCAUUUUUUCGACCCCUCUAAAGUCACAAAAUGACGUAGUCUUAAAACAGAAUAAAUUGAGAAUUUCAAUGACAAAGGAUUUGAAAAAAUCGUCUAAUACGAUAAUGAGGGGUCGGGUCUUGAAGCAGUUUUGGCUUCGAUUGUUAUGAAUGUAUAAUUGGCAUGUCGUACAUAGUCUAUGUAGACGCUGCUCGAGACCUUGUUUCUUUUGCAGCUGUGGGAAAGACAAUGGAAACUAUUUUAUAGCUAUCAUAUGGCCUCUGGCUUUUUUGUGGUAGUUUAAUUUGCAAUUUCCUUUCCAAGCUCGUGUUGCUUUUUUAUGUUGAUUUGCAAGCCUUUGGUAAUGUGCAAAAACAUUUCGAUUUAUUAUGUACAUUAUACGCUACGGAAAAGAUUUGCGCAUUUGGAAUUCCUCUAUUUUUACCGAGUUUCGGCUAAUCUGGGAAUUUUCCCUCAUAAAUUAUGCCGACGGUAAAUGCAAAAGAGACAAAAAUUCGGUUACAUACGAGAAUAAAAGAUCCGCAGAAUCCUCGCCAAAUUUGUCUGCAUUUUUUAUAGAUUUGCGUCUUUUUUCUUUGCAUAAAAUACGAAAUCAAAAAAAAAAUUUUACCAGAAUUUUUAGAAGGCGUUGAUUCACAUUUCACAAAAAGUCAGUCUUUUUAGUAAUGCUGGAAUCAUCGACAUUUCGGAUUAACGCAAGACAGACAAAAUUCCACGUUUGGAAUUUUAAUGUGACCUUGCCACCUGAGCGCGAAUAUGCAAAGAAGUUUGUUUGCGUAACAACUCAGCAGUUUUUUGCAAGGAUUUUACAAAAUUUCGAGACUUUUGGCAGUAUUCUUUGUGUGGGGAAUUAAAAAUUUGCACGUUUAAAAUAUUAAAUUUCAGCGGCUGUUCCAUGAGCUCAUACUUGGCCAAGAUGCCGACCUUGGCACGGCAGGCAACCAGCUUCGUGGCCAACCUGUUUACCGGCGCUUCUCCGUCGACAAAAGUCGGGUAG